AAAAGUUUAAACGGAAAAUAAAACGAUCGACGCUAGUUUUGCGCCUUGCGGAAUUCAAUCAAUUUUUGAACAAGAGGAAGAAAGGAGUUUGAAAAUUACAACUAUCAUAAAAUCUCGGUGGACCUAACCUUCAAACAAAUCAAGAUUUUUCAACCCAAAUCUCCCAAUAUUGCUUAAAACAUUUCCAAAUAGGAUCUACAGGUUGCCGAACAGCUGCACCAGGUGCAAAACACGCCAAAGAACAUUGCCAAAUUCCAACAUCUAGAAAAGUCGGAAACCCACAGCCAUGAAUAAGGACAUUUACUAUUCUGACAAAUACUACGAUGAGAAAUUCGAAUACAGACAUGUUGUGCUGCCAAAGGAGCUUUCUAAAUUGGUGCCAAAAACACAUUUGAUGACUGAGGCGGAGUGGAGAUCGAUUGGAGUCCAACAGUCGCGCGGCUGGAUUCACUACAUGAUACAUAAACCUGAACCGCACAUUUUACUCUUCCGUCGUCCGAUACAGCAGUAGGCAUGCAUCCGAAUUAUCAAUUCAGCAGGACUAGAAACCACCACCACUUUUUGCUAGUUGUUAAGAUCUUAGGUGCUCGCAACAAAGCUAAAGUUUUGCUAGAACAAACGUUGCUCAUCAAAAACCAGUUCUGCCAACAAUUGCGGAGGCUGUUUGCAAAGAAAAAAUAGCUAAGUGGAAAAGAACAAAAAAAAAAAUAUUUUCUCACCUUUGUUGUACAAAGGAUAUUAGAUUGUAAAUAUAAAAACAAAAAAAAACGAUAUUUGCUGCAGUGUGUGCCGGCCUGCAUACAAUAGCAUACGAUAUUUGUAACCUGAUCAUGAUUGCCAUACGUGUAUUUGGAAAGCCAUCAAAGGUCUGCAUAUAUGUUGUACAACCUUUAAACAAACAGUUUUUGUAUACUCGUAUUAUUAUAAUUAAGUUCAUAUUCGAAAUAAGUUAUGUUGAGCCUAAUCCCAUUUUUUUACUUAAUUAAAUUAGCAUUAACUUUGUCUAUUUUUUCAUUCGAAAUAUAUUUUAGUUCUUCUGUUUAGUUGAUAGGCUCCCAGCAUCACCAGAAAUCGAAUACCCUAUUGGCUAGUGUCUUUUAGUUUUAAGAUUUUUAUGUAUGCAGAAGUAGAUUAAACAAUUUUGCGAGAUCUAAUGCAUGCAUGCCUAUUACGUAAAACAGCCAUAAAUAUAAAACAUAUUUCGCUUAUUACAAUAUAAUAACUACAAUAAAUUGUGUGGGCGUUUGAUGCUUAACAUUUGAA